AGAAAACCUUGAGUAUUGACGCCUGACGGACGUUAAAAUUCAAAAUCAAGGCGCCAUCUGCAUCGUCAUUCACUUCACUGACUCACUCUCAGUUUGUGUUCUUCAAAAGAAUGGAUUCCAAAGAGACUUGUCUGAACGAACUCCGAAUUGCAAUUCGCCAACUCACUAAUCGUGGUCUCUAUUCCGCUUCUAAAUGGGCAGCUGAACAGUUGCUAGGGAUUGAGCAAGACCCAUCGAAGUUCACCCCCUCGCAUACUCGAUUCCAGACUGCUAGCUCUAGUAUUCAUAGAAGAUUUAGAACCCAUGAACUUACUUCUACACCUAGCCCCAGCGUUUCUUAUGCCUCUACACCAGUGCCCGACGAUGAUGAUGAUGUUGUGGAUAGUGAUUUUUACCUUUUGGCUAAAUCAUAUUUUGAUUGUAAGGAGUAUAAGAGAGCUGCCCAUGUACUACGAGAUCAAUCUGGAAGGAAAGCUGUCUUCUUGCGAUGUUAUGCCUCAUAUGUGGCUGGGGAGAAGCGAAAGGAAGAGGAGAUAAUAGAGCAGGAGGGACCCCUGGGGAAAAGCAAUGUUGUGAAUCGUGAACUAGUUUCCCUGGAGAGAGAACUAUCCAUGCUACGAAAAAGAGGUGUUCUAGAUCCAUUUGGGCUAUACUUGUAUGGUCUUGUGGUAAAAGACAAGGGAAAUGAGAAUCUUGCUCGUGUUAUCUUAGUGGAGUCGGUAAAUAGUUAUCCAUGGAAUUGGAAUGCAUGGUCUGUAUUACAAUCACUGUGCACCACAUUCGACACACUGAAUAGUCUUAACCUCAACAACCAUUGGAUGAAAGAUUUUUUUCUUGCUAAAGUUUAUGAAGAACUCAGGAUGCAUCAGGAAUCCUUAAAUAAGUAUGAGCAACUUCAGAAAACUUUUGCAUUUAGCAGCUACAUACAAGCUCGAAUUGCUAAUGUGCGGUACCAUUUAAGACAAUUUGAUCAGGUCGAGUUUAUUUUUGAGGAGCUGUUGAGAAAUGAUCCUUAUCGAAUUGAAGAUAUGGAUUUAUAUUCGAAUGUGCUAUACGCAAAGGAAGCUUUCUCUGCACUUAGCUAUCUAGCCCACAAUGUAGUCUUGACUGACAAAUAUAGGCCUCAAACAUGCUGCAUCAUCGGUAAUUAUUACAGUUCCAAGGGCCAACACGAGAAAUCAGUCUUGUACUUCAGAAGGGCACUCAAGUUGGACAAAAACUAUUUAUCCGCCUGGACACUGAUGGGUCAUGAGUAUAUUGAAAUGCAGAACACAGCAGCAGCAGUGGAUGCUUAUCGUCGGGCUGUGGACAUUAGUCCAUGUGAUUAUAGAGCGUGGUAUGGAUUAGGGCAAGCCUAUGAAAUGAUGUUGAUGCCACAUUAUGCUUUAUAUUAUUUCAAAAAAUCAGUGUACUUACAGCCAAAUGAUCCUCGGUUGUGGAUCGCCAUGGCCCAUUGUUAUGAGAGUGACCAUCUUCGUAUGUACGAGGAGGCAAUUAAGUGUUACAAACGAGCUGCAAACUGCGAAGACACGGAGGCAAUUGCCAUUAACAGGCUGGCAAAACUGCAUGAUCAGCUGGGGCACCUUGCAGAGGCUGCAUUCUACUAUAAAAAAGAUUUAGACAGAAUGGAGGCGGACGAAAGGGAAGGGCCAAACUUGGUUGAUGCUUUAAUGUUUCUUGCCAAAUAUUAUAGAGCCCAGAAUAGAUUUGAAGAAGCAGAAAUAUAUUGUAACAGACUGAUGGAUUACACUGGUCCUGAAAAAGAAACAGCAAAGGAUUUACUUCGAUCUAUGAAUAAGGGGCAAUCUGGUUUUCCAUCCAUGGAUGUCGAGCAUUUUUCUCCGUUCGGUUCUCGAUCCUGAAUUCAUGUAGCCGUGAGGGUAAUAUAGUAAUUAUCUAGUAAGUAGUUAACCAUUUUUUUUAUCUCAUUUUGGAGGGUGUAAGCCUGUUAAAGCUUGUAAUUACUAUCUGAUUUAUUGUAAUCUUUUUUAUUACAAUGGGGUUUGGCAAUUAUAUUUUUUUUAAUGAUUUUUUGCUUUUUGAUUAGUCAAACUAUUAAAAGAAGUAUCAAGUAAAUUCCUAUUAAGCUAGCUGAAAAGCUAGUUUUUAACUUAAAACC